CAGACGCAGAGUGACGCAGCGCCAUGGCGGUUGACGCUCCGAUGGCGAACGCGAUGCGGCUCCGGAACCAGCUGCAGACCGUCUACAAACUGGAUCCGCUUCGGAACGAGGAAGAAGUAAAAGUGAAGAUUAAAGACCUGAAUGAACACAUCGUUUGUUAUCUGUGUGCUGGCUACUUCAUAGAUGCGACCACUAUCACAGAGUGUUUACAUACAUUCUGUAAGAGUUGCAUCGUGAAGUACCUGCAGACCAGCAAAUACUGUCCAAUGUGCAAUAUCAAAAUCCACGAGACACAGCCUCUUCUUAACCUUAAGCUCGAUCGAGUGAUGCAGGACAUUGUCUACAAACUAGUACCAGGCCUACAGGAGAGUGAAGAGAAGCGAAUUCGAGAAUUCUAUCAGUCUCGAGGACUGGAAAGGAUCAUCCAACCAGUUAAUGAAGCUAUGACACCAGAUCUGACCAGUUCUCCUUACACAACCUUCGAUCACUCCAAAGCGCACUACUACAGAUAUGAUGAGCAGGUUUCACUAUGUUUGGAGAGACAUGGCUCCUCCCUGGGAAAAGAGAAGGGGAAACUCGUGUUACAACAAAAGUACGUCAGGUGUUCAGUUCGAGCAGAGAUCAGGCACUUGAGGAGAGUUCUGUGCCACAGGAUUAAUGUACUGGAUCAGCAACAGGUGCAAAUAUUAUUUGACAAUGAGCCUCUGCCAGAACACAUGACCAUGAAGCAGCUCUGGCUCUUGAGAUGGUACGGCAAGCCUACACCAAUGAUCCUCCAGUAUAGCGUGAAGGAGAAACGAGGAAGGUGAAAGCAUGAGACGGACGAACAACUCAUCUGGCAUAUCGAAUCUCACUGUCACUUUUUUUAAAAAAAAAAACAGGCAUACUGAGCAAGGCUGGGUGGGGACCAUUAAUCCCUACCUGCAUCUGUAUAGCCUGUGUAUCUCCAACUACUGAAUAGACUGUGAUCAACCAGCUUGGUUCUGCUCGUAACUUUAAAGUAACUCCUUCUCUGUAGCCUGGUGGCAGUUUGUGAAAGAGCCAAGUGCUCUGAUUGUUGCCUCUCUUCUCCUGACCUCUGAAGGUGCUAAGGCUUGCUGGUCAUUUUAGUUCCCUCCAAUCAGCAUGGGCUGACCUUUUCAAAAGUGGAGGGUAUUAAAGAUGAACUUGUUGUCACCACCACCCGCC